AUGGAUUCUUCGAAAUGCAUAUACAACGAGUGCAUUUAUGCCCCGACCUUUGACGAAGCUAAAGGUUCCUUUGCUAAGGCAGCCCAGUACUAUGAGCAAGCAUCUUCAUUGACAGGGCAAACAGUUGCCAUCAAGAUGAUUCGUUUUGGGAAGCAGAAGGGAGACCUGAUCCAAGCCUCAAAGCCAAAAAUUGCAGAUAAUCGCUUAACCAGAUUCAAGACUAAAGAACCGACAACCUCGCCCGGGGAUGAAAGAUUGAAACACCAUCUUAUGGCCUCUAAGGAGCUUCACCCUGCUUUGAUAUCUCCAGAGUGUGAGUACAAGGUGCAGAGGCAGGGGCGGACCGAGGCAGAGGCCCAUAGGGGCACGGGCCCCUCUGUUGUGCUCGGACCUCACCAAGGGAUGUCCAAUGCCCCUUGGUCAGAUGCAUUGCUCGUGAACUCUUAA